AUGGCGGCUCCUUACGGAUCAGACCGCAGGGGACUAAUCUGGAUCUGCGUUUUCCUUGGAUCCCUAUGCGACAUCCGCGCGGAACAAAUCCGGUACUCUGUGCCAGAGGAGCUGGAAAGGGGCUCUGCGGUGGGUAAUCUCGCCGCGGACCUGGGGCUGGAGCCUGGGAAACUGGCAGAACGUGGAGUCCGCAUCGUCUCCAGAGGUAAGACCCAGCUCUUUGCUCUGAACCCACGAAGCGGCAGUUUGGUGACAGCAGGGAGGAUAGACAGGGAAGGGCUCUGUGACAGAUCGCCAAAGUGUACCGCAAAUCUGGAGAUCCUCCUAGAGGAUAAAGUGAGGAUUCUAGCCGUAGAAGUGGAAAUUAUGGAUGUUAAUGAUAAUGCCCCCAGCUUUGGAGCACAGCAGCGGGAAAUAAAAGUCGCUGAAAGUGAAAUUCCUGGAACAAGAUUUCCUCUUCCUGAAGCUUUUGAUCCGGACAUAGGGGUGAACGCCUUGCAGGGUUACCAGCUCAGCUCCAAUGACCACUUCUCCCUGGAUGUGCAAAGUGGGCCAGAUGGGAUUAAGUACCCGGAACUAGUGCUGGAAAAUGCCUUAGACCGCGAGGAGGAAGCCUUUCAUCACCUGGUUCUCACCGCCUUCGACGGAGGCGACCCGGUUCGCUCUGGUACUGCCACAAUUCAAAUAACACUCGUGGACACCAACGACAAUGCUCCUGUAUUCACUCAGCCAGAGUACCACAUUAGUGUGAAGGAGAAUUUGCCUGUAGGCACCCGGCUACUUACCAUAAAAGCCACUGACCCGGAUGAAGGAGCCAACGGAGAAGUGACGUAUUCUUUCCGGAACGUAAGAGACAAAAUAUCCCAGCUCUUCCAGCUGAAUUCUCUGACUGGGGACAUUACAAUGUUGGGGGAACUAGAUUAUGAAGACUCUGGAUUCUAUGAUGUUGAUGUAGAAGCCCAUGAUGGGCCUGGUCUUCGAGCCAGAAGUAAGGUACUGGUGACAGUUCUGGAUGUAAAUGACAAUGCUCCGGAAGUCACAGUCACCUCCCUCACCAGCUCUAUCCAAGAAGCUUCUUCCCCAGGCACAGUGAUUGCGCUCUUCAAUGUGCAUGACAGUGACUCUGAAGAGAAUGGUCUUGUCACUUGUUCCAUUCCAGAUAAUCUUCCAUUCAGGCUGGAAAAGACCUAUGGAAAUUAUCAUCGGUUGUUAAUACACAGGACUCUGGACAGGGAAGAAGUCUCUGACUAUAACAUUACAAUAACUGCCACCGACCAGGGAACUCCACCACUGUCUACAGAGACUUAUAUCUCACUGCAGGUGGUGGACAUUAAUGACAACCCGCCCACCUUCACCCAUGCCUCCUAUUCUGCCUACAUUCCAGAAAACAACCCUAGAGGAGCUUCCAUCUUAUCCAUAACAGCCCAGGACCCAGACAGCAGUGAAAAUGCCCAGGUAAUCUACUCCCUGUCAGAAGAUACUAUCCAGGGGGCACCUCUGUCCUCCUACAUCUCCAUCAACUCCAAUACUGGUGUCCUUUAUGCACUUCGUUCCUUUGAUUAUGAGCAGUUUCAAGACUUGAAGCUACUGGUGACAGCCAGAGACAGUGGGAAUCCUCCACUCAGCAGCAACGUGUCACUGAGCUUGUUUGUGCUGGACCAGAAUGACAACACACCUGAAAUCCUGUACCCCACAACCCCCACUGAUGGCUCUACUGGUGUGGAGCUGACACCUCGUUCUGCAGAACCUGGAUACUUGGUGACCAAGGUGGUGGCAGUAGACAAAGAUUCAGGACAGAAUGCCUGGCUGUCCUACCGCCUGCUCAAGGCCAGUGAGCCAGGGCUCUUCUCGGUGGGGCUGCACACGGGCGAGGUACGAACUGCUCGGGCCCUGAUGGACAGAGAUGCUCUCAAGCAGAGCCUGGUGGUGACCGUGCAGGACCAUGGCCAGCCUCCUCUCUCUGCCACAGUCACACUCACCAUAGCUGUGUCAGACAACAUUCCAGACAUCCUGGCGGAUCUGGGCAACAUUAAAACUCACAUUGACCAGGAAGAUUCAGACAUCACAUUGUACCUGGUGGUGGCUGUGGCUGCGGUCUCUUGUGUCUUCUUAGCCUUUGUCAUUGUGCUGCUGGUACACAGGCUCCGUCGCUGGCACUCAACUCACCUGCUUCAGGCUGCAGGUAAUGGGUUGUCAUCCAUGCCUACGUCACAUUUUGUGGGUGUGGAUGGCGUACAUGCUUUCCUCCAGACCUAUUCUCAUGAGGUCUCGCUCACAGCCGACUCUGGGAAGAGUCACCUGAUCUUCCCACAGCCCAACUACGCAGACACACUCAUCAGCCAGGAGAGCUGUGGGAAGAGUGAUCCUCUCCUGGUAUCUCAAGACUUGCUUGAAAUAAAAGGAGACUCCAGUCUGCAGACCGCUACAUGAGGAAUAAAGGCAGAGACCUGUGUACUGGUGUGAAAUGAAAUAUUUUAAUGAGAGUCCAGAGAAGGAGUGCACAUGUGGGUGUAUGGACUGAGCGGAAGAAGUGAGAUGGAGAAGCUUAUGGUGUAAUGCUUUGGUUUAAUUACAGGGAGGGGCAGAGACAACAUUUACUUAAAUGUGGGACGCACUACCCAAAACAUACACAAAAGCCUAGAACUCACUCCACUUGAGAGAAACGUGCUACAUGAUUCAUAGGUGGUUACAUAUAGUAUAGAACCUAUACUAUAUGUAACUUCUUAAUUUGAAACAAUUUCAAUAUAUUACCUCUUUAAAAUAAAUAACUCAUCAUAAAUUUAAAAACAACAGCAACCACAAAAAACAAAAACAAAAAAUAAGCCAACCAAACCAAAAACAAACAAAAAACUUCAAACCUUUGCUAGACUUCGUUGCAAUUUCUGAGAAGACCUCUGAGCGUCGCUGUAGGUCAAAAGAAGAGAGAGACCAUUUUCCCAGACGCGUUAGGAGACUGGGGGAGUAACUUCCUGUACAAACCAACCAUAGAGGAGAGCUAGUACACAUCUAGAUACAGCAAACAUCAGCAAGAAAAGUGGCCCUAGGCAGAUUUGGCCACCCACACUAACACAAGAGCACAGCAGCAGCGCGAGCC